CACCGAACUAAUUGUAGUCGCCAUUUUCUUUGGGAGUGAUUGGUGUUACGUAUUUGACUUUCUGAUUGUUUGUAUUUAAAACUCCCAAGAAUUCACCAUUGUAUAUGCGGACGUUCUACAAAUGGCUUGUCUGAUAACAUUAAAGCAAGAAAUUAAGACUUUAGAAUCAGUAUUUCCAAAAAACCACGAAAGAUUCCAAAUAGUGUCAGCCAGUGUGGAUGAAUUGAACUGUAGAUUCGUAGGCAAAAAUGGGAAGAAAUAUGAAAUUCAUGCGAAUAUUACUGAAACGUACCCCUCCACUCCACCAGUCUGGUUUGCAGAAUCAGAAGAAACAAGUGUAACUAAUGCUGUCCAAAUUCUUAGUAAUACUUCUGGCAGAGACAACCAUGUUCUGAACCAAGUGGGUAUUCUACUGCGAGAACUAUGUCGACUGCACUGUAUUCCAGAACCACCAGAUAUUGCACUGCUCACAAUGCCAGCUGUUGCUGGAUGUCGGCUUCCAGAUCGGUUGGAGGAAGAUCGAGAUAUGGAGGAGGAUGAUGAUGAUGAUGAAGAAGAAGGAGAGGAAGAUCUUCAUCUUGAAAUGGAUGAAGGAGAGGCAGUUGCCAAGAGCAAGGUGGAUGAAAUGGACACAGAACACCUGGCAACAUUGGAACGGCUAAGACAGAAUCAACGGCAAGAUUAUCUAAAAGGAUCUGUGUCUGGUUCUGUUCAAGCAACUGAUAGGCUCAUGAAAGAACUGAGGGAUAUUUACCGGUCUGAUAGCUUUAAGAAAGGGAUGUACAGUAUUGAUCUGGUGAAUGACAGCCUGUAUGAAUGGAACAUCAGACUGAUGAGUGUUGAUCCAGAUUCUCCUUUGCAUAAUGAUUUGGUACUGCUCAAAGAGAAGGAAGGAAAGGAUAGCAUCUUACUUAAUAUGACUUUUAAGGAAACGUAUCCUUUUGAGCCACCAUUUGUGCGUGUGGUCCAUCCAAUCAUCUCCGGAGGUUAUGUUCUAGUGGGUGGAGCUAUCUGCAUGGAACUGCUCACGAAACAGGGAUGGAGUUCAGCGUACACAGUAGAAGCUGUCAUCAUGCAAAUAGCUGCAACAUUAGUGAAAGGAAAGGCAAGGAUACAGUUUGGUGCCGCCAAGGUUUGUAACCAGGGUCAGUACAGCUUGGCCAGAGCACAGCAGUCAUUCAAAUCCCUAGUUCAGAUUCAUGAGAAAAAUGGUUGGUUCACUCCGCCCAAGGAAGAUGGUUAAAUCUAGUGUUCUUGAGACUUUCUUUAAGUUUUUAUUAUUUUUUAUAAAAACUGUUAAUAAUACUGAACCAAAAGCCUAGAGACUGAUAGGGUAAGUGCAAUCGUUAAAGCACAAAACCCAAAAUAAUAGUAUGUGGCUGUAAAUUGUUACAUGAUGUAUAUUGUGAGUGAGUGUUGAUUGGUUGACAUUAAUUUAUGAACAGGAGCAAGUCUGUAGCUUUGAGUGACAAACGAAUUGAUCGUGCAGACAAUUGUUUAAAUAUAUAAGCAGUGCAGUGAUUUAAGUGCAUGAAAAUAAACUGAUUUCUGGAAAAAGAAAACACGCUGCUUGUGUUGUAGCUUUUUUUAUGUAUGGGCAUUGUUGUCACUUAGGGCCUCCCACUUAAAUUUCCUGUUGAGGAAAAUGUAUAAAUGAGAUUGUGGUCUCUUUUCUUCCAUUUGUGUUCUGAAUUGUCUUAUAUUCAAUGUUUUAUGAUGAUUAAUGGUAGAUAGGAAAUUGUUAGUUUCUUAUUGUUUUAUGUUUGUUUAAAUUUUGUGAUUAUUUGUAAGGCAGCAGUGAUAAAUAUAAUGGACCUGAAUUGUUGAUAUGUGUACAGGAACUUCUGGCAUGUUACAAACAUUCCAUAAAGGAUUUGUGUGGCUGCAGAUUUGAUGUGCGGGGAAAGACUGGAAUAGUUAAGAUUAUGUUUUGCUGCUCUAUAUACCUUGGCUUUCAUUCUGGAGUAUAUAAUUUAUGAAUAAUUUCACAUUCUAAAUCUUAACCAACUUGCUAACACUGUGCUCAUAUUGUUUGAAAUGUAGUUGGAACUCACCUAUUCCAACUAAAAUCAUUUGUAACAUUUUUCUGUUACAAAAAAAACUAUCUUAUCCCCCCCCCCCCCUCAAUAAUCUUAAAAUUAAGCGUAAGAGUCCUUGAUACCAUGUAAACAAGUCUGAAACCACAAAAGGGUUUUUGGCUGGAGAAGUAAAUGGAGAUAGAUAUAUACUGUAAUACCGGCCUUGUCUAUAGCCAGGAGCUUGGAUGUUGAUGUUUCUAUAUAACAUUGUAGUCUCAGGUUAUCACUGUGCGAGUUCCUGGCAACCACUGUCUCACAGCUUACUUGCACAGUUUGAUUAUUGUGCAUCUGAGUGUACCAAACAAACUAAAUUUUCAGAAAUAGAGAAGGAGUUUUAUAUAAUUGCUAGUAUAUUCAGAAUUAUGUGUAUAAAAACCUGUAAAUAAUAUGUUUGGCUUCAGCCUAAUUUCAAUUAUAAUUUAGUUCCUAUUUUUUUUAUACUGGGUUGAGACAGUCGAAUGGAUCAUGUCACUGAAAAUGUUCAAGUAACCAUUAGUUACAAGUUGGUUUGAUAGAUUGACACAGGUUUGUAAAAAGAAGGGUUAAAUAAGAUAAGGUCUUAUUUCUUUAUUAGUUAUAAGGUAAUUUAGUUAGUCUUAACUUGUAUUUCGCUAAUGUAAAGAAAUUAAAUACUGUGUCUCAAAAUCUAGGAAUAAAUUAACAUUUGUAAA